CCUCUCCCCUCUCCUCCUCCCCGUCCGCGUUCGCGUUGAGAGGGAGCGAGCGAGGCAGAGGCGGCUUGCAUCGCCGCUGCUCGCACCACAAGGCUCGCCGCGUCUGCUCGGGCUGUCUUGCAUCGAGCGCCGUGUUUGAUAUCCCUUGUGCUGCGCGUGUAUGUGUGCACAUACGUAUUCGCGCGAGACACAUAGACCGGCGCAGGGCGCAUAGCAGGUACAUGCCCAGUGCUUCUAUCGUUUAGCAGCCGACGACCACUCCCCAAGCUCGGUUCAACAUCGGUCCGUAUUGUCUCGAAUAUCAUCGUCGUCGUCGUCGUAAUAAUAGUCGUCGUUAUCGCUACAUUAUCACAAGCCUCGUUCUAAUUUAAAGACAGCGCGUGGUUGGUGUUUGUGUUUUUUUAGUUUGUUAUGCCAUUCGCCGGUAUUUAAAAAAAAUCGAAGUCUUUACGUGACAUAUUUGAAAAUCCGCCGCUCGUGUAUAUUUACCACCGCUGGCGUCGUCAAGCGCGGAAAGCCGACAGCCUCGGCUCUCCGAGACAGAGAGACAGAGACCGCUCUCUCUCUCGCUCCACGAGUGGUUGAGACUCGUGUAGGAGGGGAGAGACUCGUGUGCGUGUGUGUGUAACAGACAGACAGAAAGAAUCGACCGGUACCUGAGAGCGACUCCCCGCAUAGAAGCGAUAAUCGGCACUAAAGAGAGAUACGAAUAUGAGAGACGUCUAAGAUAAGAGGACAGAGAGACACACACACUCGGAGGAUAGAUUGCUACAGAGCAGAGACUCAUAUGAGAUAGGGUUUGUGUGCAGGGGCCUGGCUUUGUAGAGAGACUCAUAUCAGACCCAUUCUCGGAGAGACUCGUGGAGGUGACAGAUAGAAACUCAUUACGGGAGGUAGCCUUGUGAGAAGAGAGAAUCACAUGAGAUCCUCCGAGGAAAGAUACUCGUGCAUUGGAGAGACGCAUACAGCAGGCGGUUGAAUAGAACAGAUAUCCAAGGGAGCAGAGAUACACGUUCGAGAGAGAGACUUACCGGGGAGACUUGCAUAGGGAGGGAUAUCUUCAUAGCCAAGAGACUCGUCAUACAGGAGAGACACUCGCGUUUUGGAGAUAUAUCUCGAGAGAGAGAGAAGAGGACGAUAGAGACGCAGGCAGGAGAGAGUCGCGAUCGGGAGAGGCCAGGGAGAGCCUUCGUCCACCCCUCGGGAGAGUCAUCGUCUUCCCGACGCGGGGAGCGAUCCAGCUCUGCGGGGACGCGACCUUCUGGGAUCUCCGGUGAGCUGGGUGCCGCCUGGCUCUGCAAGACCGCGACCAUGUCUCAAGACGCCGAAGAGGGACCCUCGUGGAAGAAGCAGACCCAGGACAUCAAGCAGAUAUUUGACUUCAAGGAGGUGCUGGGCACUGGCGCCUUCUCCGAGGUGGUGCUGGCGGAGGUCCGCUCGUCCGGGAGCCUCUUCGCUGUCAAGUGCAUCACCAAGCAGGCGCUGCGCGGGCGCGAGAGCAGCAUCGAGAACGAGAUCGCCGUGCUGCGCAAGCUGAAGCAUGAGAACAUCGUGUCGCUGGAAGAUAUUUACGAGAGUCCAUCACACCUCUAUCUCGUCAUGCAGCUGGUGUCUGGCGGGGAGCUCUUCGACCGCAUCGUGGAGAAGGGCUUCUACACGGAGCGCGACGCCAGCCGCCUCAUCCGCCAGAUCUUGGACGCCGUCGGCUACCUGCACCGCAUGGGCAUCGUCCAUCGCGACCUCAAGCCGGAGAACCUGCUCUACUACAGCCCGGACGAGGACUCCAAGAUCAUGAUCAGCGACUUCGGGCUCUCCAAGGUGCAGAUGACUGGGGACGUGAUGUCUACGGCGUGCGGCACCCCGGGCUACGUGGCCCCCGAGAUCCUGGCACAGCUUCCAUACGGCAAAGAAGUCGACUGCUGGUCCAUUGGUGUCAUCGCCUACGUGCUGCUGUGCGGAUACCCCCCCUUCUACGACGAGAACGACGCCAAACUCUUCGAGCAGAUCCUGAAAGCCGAGUACGAGUUCGACUCCCCCUACUGGGACGACAUCUCCGACUCCGCCAAGGACUUCAUCCACCACCUGAUGGAGAAGGAGCCGUCCAAGCGCUACACGUGCAAGCAGGCGCUGCAGCACCCGUGGAUCGCCGGGGACACCGCCCUCGACAAGAACAUCCACGAGUCGGUCAGCGAGCAGAUUCGCAAGAACUUCGCCAAGAGCAAGUGGCGACAAGCGUUCAACGCCACGGUGAUAGUGUGCCACAUGCGGAGGCUGCACAUCGGCUCCAACCAGGACAGCGCGACGCAGCAGUCAAACGCCAGCCCCAGCAAUGGGAAACUUCUCACUCCGGCUGCCGUCAGCAAGGACUGCCCCAGCCCAUCUUCUUUGUCCGCGUCCGACGAAAUGAUCUCGGGGACUCCGUCACCCACCUCUCCGUCCCACGUGCAGCUGCCCUCCGCCAUCGCGGUGCCCAGCGCCGCCGCCACCGCCGCGGCCACGGCCACUGCCGGCCCCGAGUGAGGUCGGCGGUCAAGGGUCAAAGGGUCACCCACGUUGCACUGCGAUGACAUCAUCAGGGUCAAGGGUCACGAGAGCGCUGGUGAAGAAGCAUCCUUAGGGUUAAUCGUCGUUUAAAAAGCCAUGCCAUGUGAAAAUUAAACGGGUGAAACAAAAAGAAUAACCCAAGAUAGCUGUAAGGAAUAGCACAAUUCCAGCCUGCUGUAGUUUUUUGCAAAGAGUGCGAGACGAUAAUUUUAUUUGACAGUGCAUGCAAGCUGACUGUAAGUGUUACGGGCAAUAAACCCGUGCAAGUGUCCACUUAGGGGCAGAGCGUUCUCUCGCACAUGGCCAUCCCAUGGCCCUUGUGUCCGUUCCUAUCUUAAGUCGCCGUUGCGGUGCGGCACAGUGCAGCGCUUGUCCGCACAACGCAGAACGAACCCCGAGGCUGACAGCCGCUAGCGCCGUGCGGCAGCAUCAAUAUUUACACCGAUCUAUAUCCGCCGGCAGGCUCGCGGUUUUGUCUUCUCAGCCGUUCAGCCAGCCACUUGUGUUUCAUAUCUUAUCAUCGCUCCCCACCCCUCACCCCAGCUAACAGGUGCCAGACCCGAUUUACAUUGAAUCGUGAUCAGCAACAGCAGUCAUGAUCAAUUCACUGGUGGGUGAAGACCUCCCCAAUCCCGGUCCACGUUGCGCCUGCACACGAGUCGAUUUAAUUGCUCCGUCUCCUGGGAGCUCGUCCUCUCAGCCACGUCCACAUUAAACAACGCAAAUUGUUUUGUUUUUACAUUUGGGAGUGGCGCUUUGCUAUCACCGAUUUAUUCUACAAAUGAUUUUGAAGGUUCGUGACCCAGUCCUUUUGCUUGGCCUUAUGUAAGCAACGCAUGCAAGCGGCGCAGACCGGAGGAGAGCCAUCAUCAUCAGCAGCAGCAGCGGUGGUCGUUGCUUGCGGGUCCCUCACCCAUCUGUGUUUCUCGUGAAAAGCUUUGCCUCUUUUUUUUCUCGAUCUGGGAAAUGCGUCCGUCUUGAUAUUAAUGAUGAAGUCACGUGUAACUUGUGCUGAAAUAAGUAUUUCGAAUCGAUGGGUGAAAAUGAAAAAGUGCUAACUAUAUUUAUAUGUGUAUAUGGUAAACUGCGACAACCGAUUUUGUAAUGAUGCUGGUUGCUCACACUACGUUUGGGAUCUUUUUUUUGUACACGGUACUCAGCUGUUAACAAAAUACAUAAAAAGCUUACACUGUGUGAAAUUAUUGUGUGUUUAGGGCUGUACAUUUGCUGUGUGUAGACAAAUGCAAGCACACGCGAUGAGUGAAUUUAAAACAAGACGGAUGGAAGAUUGUGCGAACAUCCUUCCAUUUAAGGUUCAAUAAUAAUAAUACACUGCAUUGGGAGAUAGCUGUAAUUUUUUAAAUGUCAACGAAAGAAGUUUUGUGAUUCGAUAGUGACGUGGUGACAGGGUUUCGCAGUCAGUGUCCUGUUCGUUAGCUCAACUUACUGAUUCAUAUUUGGCCGUAAGUGGUAAGACCACAGAAUAUUUUUAAUUCUCACAUCGUCAACUUCCUCCCUGGUUAGCCAGUAUGUUCUACCAGCAUUAUCAAUAUGAAAGUGUGUUCCUUUGUUCAAAUGAGCCUUGGGCGUUACUCAUAAUUACGAACGAUCCUGACUCAGCGGCGAAAACUCAAUAUUAUUAUUGUGGGAAACCAGUCUCUCCAUGAGACAUCCAACGAUGACUUCCCACCAACUCCAUAUUAUUAUUGUGGAAACCAGUCUUUCCAUGAGACAUCCAACGAUGACUUCCCACCAAGUACGAAUCUUGGAGGGGGGAAACAUCUUUAGCUGUUGCCUGCCGCGAUGCUUUUAAAAACAACCCACGCUAUUGAGACUCCAUCGGUGAUAUUACCGGGAUUGUCUGCAGGCUCAUCGAUACUCUCGCGUGUGGAGAGAUGAAGGCUUCGGCGCAUUUUCAUUGCCACCGCGCGGCCCACGAACUCCUUGAGAUAGUCGCCCACGUGCCUGGCCUGCCGGCUCGCACGCACGCAGCCUCAACCCACCGAAUAAUCUUGUCGGUUUUCACGCCACCUUACAACGCUCAUGUUUCCCCAUAGCCUGUUCGGUGUGAGUGUACUAGAAGGAACGCCGUGCUAUAUUUUUUCGACAUCGUCGUGUAAUUUGAUGGUGUUUUGGGGGGGGGGGGGGUGGCUGGACACGCGCGCACCGGCGUGGAGAUGAUGUUGUUGUUGUUGUUGCGGCCACUUUCCUGCGGUGGUCCGUGUGUGUGCGCGUGUUCGCUGUGGCCCCGGCCACAUUCAAGGUGCUUGUGGCAUCAAUGCCUCCACGAGCCUGCCUCGUAUGCUCCACAAACUCAUUGCUGUUCCAUUAAAAGGAAGAAAAAAAUGUUAAACUGUAUUAUUUCAUGAGAUCCCUAUGACAGCUACGAAAAAGAUUCGGAGUGGACCGACGUAAAAAAAUGUUUUAGAUAAUUUGCUAGCAUUCAUGUGUCCUCCAAUCCAAGGUUAGCAUAAUGAUUCGUUGAAAUUCAACUAUAUUUUGUAACCUUAUUAUAUCAUCAUUUGUAUUCAAAUAAAGGAAGACUCCAUAUCGCGAGGAAGGUGCGGGUUACUAAUCUUGUUGCAGAGCUUUGCACGGCACCCAGGUUUUAACCGGAGCUGAGGGACGUGUGUGAGAGUGGCUCACUAUGCCACCCGAUUGAUUUUUCUAUUUGGAGGUUGGAACUCAUAAGUUUGAAGAUAUUUUUCUUUGUUUGUUUACACUGUAGGCAUGUUAAGUUUUCAUAUUCAAAUUUGUAUUGCUGUAGACAAUAUAAAGUUUUAGCUAGAGACAGGAGCCUGUUGAUUUUAUUGACGUGAUAAGGGAAUUUUUUUGUCUGCCAAAACACUGGUUAGCAUUACGUUUUAGCACAAUAAAAGUGUUCAAUUGAA